AUGGUGUCGUUCCUAUUGUCUUCACUAGUCAUCUUCCUCUCGUAUCGAGUCAACAAACGCAGUCCACAACGAGAGUACGCGUGGAUUAUGGCGUUCAACGCGAGUGUCGACAUUUUCUCCUCGCUUUACAAUGGACUUGUGGCACCAGUAAGUUUGUCGCGGCUAACAGGGGAAGUGCUAAGUGUGACGCUCAGAUUCUGAUGAAAAUUGGCACAAACUUAGAAUAAAAUUUUUCAAGAUAUAUCCGAGACUUCUAGCUCGGGCCUUGCAGAGUUCAAAACUUAACUUCUACAUUGCUCAAUUUGGAUGUCGGAUUUUCUGGAUUUUUCUAGAUUUUUUCCGCAGAGAGGAGCUUCCGAAAAUUUUUGACGUGCUCUGGGGAGUACUACCGGCCACAUAAAGCCGCUGUUGAUACCACGGGACGAUUUGAAAGAGGUGUCAUCGUGACACAUUUUCUGGACACACGAAGAUUGGAUAAGUUUUGGGCCAUAUAGGUAACGUAACCCAUGCAAAAGCAAAGUUUGAAGAAAACCUGAGCGUCACACUUGAAGGCCUUUUUUCACAAAUAUAAAUAUAAAUGUAUAAUAAACUCCAAUUCAGAGCGCCGUAUCCACAAGUUCCACAAUGUACAUGAUCUUCGAAAAUCCUUUCCUACAAAACAUUUCCGCCUCCACCGCGCGAGCGGCCGCCUUUUUCCUGGAGGUGGCCUCGCUUUGCUCCGCACCGUGCAACGCAAUCCACUUCUACUACCGCUACCGAUUGCUGUGCAAAGGCGAUAUGUGGAGCAAGCAGCGGUAUCUUACGGCCUACGGGAUGGCCCUGGCGGUGAUAUUCGUUAUUGCGACGUUGUUCUGUGCGUCCGGCAAUCUGGCCAAUGAGAGAAGCAGACAAGAGCUAAUCGCGAUUAGUGGAGGCGGGUAUCCGGUUCAUCCCCAUGUGUUUGUCACGCUGGUAAGGAAGAGAGAAUGUUGAGGUGAUACGAUGCGACUUUGAGGGGGUUUCCGGGAUAGGCAUGACUUUGAGAGCUUGGUCAGGCCAAAUUUGUUCAAUUUUAAUACGUUACGACACAAUUCAUUUUCUCGGCGGAGAUGAAAUUUUCAAGUUUCCGGAAUAAGCAUGAAAAAAAUGUUCAUUAUUUUCCCGACACACUUAUAUGGGAAUAUGCAUAUAGUCCGGAAUCUCUGGGCAUCUGUCAACUAAAAAACUGUCGUUUUAAUACAUAUUAAUACCUGCAGUCCAUUUGACGACCACUGUUUCAGGACGAUCCUACCUUCAUGCUCUGCGCUCUCCUCUGCCUGCUCGGAUAUGUUGGCGAAUAUGGCCUGAUAAUUUUCUGUGGCCAACGGAUUAUACGGCAAGCUCGGGAGGGGAUCAGUUCGGCAACAGCUUCAACGCAAAAAGCACAAAAGCACCUCAUUACGGUGAUGAUUUUGCAAGUAAGCUCUAUAACUCGUAAGCAUUUUUUUGUGCUCACUUAUAUCAAGUACCGACAAUUUUCAGGCAGUGUACCCAUUAAUAUUGUACUUCUCUCCGAUUGUCUACGUGACGGCAAUGCUUGCAAUGGGCGUUCAAUUCCGGAACAGCGGCUAUCUCACGGCCGUGUCGCUGCAACUGCUGUCGCCGUUGAAUGCAAUAUCGGUGCUCACGCUGAUCCCGGCUUAUCGUCGAGUAUUCACCAAGAAACCUCCAACAAACUCUGGAACGUAUUUUAUUUCUGUCAGUCGAUAA